AAGCGGUAAGUUCAUUGCAGUUUUCAGCUGAGCUCUGGACACAAAACUUCAGCCAUGAAGGUAACAGCCAUCUUUCUUCUCAGUGCCUUGGCCCUGUUGAGUUUGUCUGGUAACGCUAAAGCUGAUGUCCCAGGAACAAAGGCUGUAUGUAACAGUAAUGUGAAUGGAUGCCCCAAGAACUAUGACCCCAUCUGUGGGACUGAUGGGCAUACUUAUUCUAAUGAAUGCAUGUUAUGUAUGGAAAAUAAGGCGCGGGAGGUUCCUGUCCUCAUUAAAAAACAUGGGCCUUGCUGAGAACCAAGGUUCUGAAAUCCUGUAAGGUCACCAUGAUAUCCACUGCCUGAUUGUUGAAUAAAAUGCAU